GCGGCCUUUUUUCUUUUCAUCCAGAAAAAAAAGUCGAAUAACCAGAAAACCGACGAUGUACGCCAGGACUAAUACCGGCGGCGCACACGGAGACUUUCAGGACAGAAACGGAGUGAAUUAUGGGACGUCCACAGAGUCUUUCGGCCACUGCUCUCAAUUGUUCUGGAAGAAGGAUCCCAACGACUCCGGACCCAGUUCGACCAUCAGCUGGUGCGACCAGCUCCCCGCGGCCUCGGCGGCGCUGUCCAGCUCCGGCCUCUCCUCGGCGUCCCUCUCCAGCUCCAGCCUCUCCCUGGAGUCGCGGGCGCCGCCGCCCCCCCCGCUGGCGGCCGCGACGACGCCGGACGACAUGGAGUCGGACGAGAGGCCGUACGUCUGCGACAUGUGCACCUGCGCCUACAAGCACGCCAGCUCCCUGCUCAACCACAAGCUCACCCACAAGAUCGGAGACUUCAGGUGCGACUUUUGCAGCAAGCCCUACACCAACUACAUGUCCCUGCGCAACCACAUGCGGAUCCACGGGCAGAAGCGGUACAUGUGCGACCUGUGCGGCAAGGCCUUCCGCCUGGCCCGGUACCUCCGCAACCACCAGAGGAUCCACGACGACGGGCCCAACCGCUUCGACUGCCCCUCGUGCUGCAAGAGCUACCGGACCAUGCUGGAGCUGGCCCAGCACCGCUGCACCUCCGCCACGACAGGCCAGAAGCGUUUCAACUGCCCGUCCUGCUUUAAGAGCUACAGGACCAUGCUCGACCUGGCCCAGCACAGGUGCAGCGCCGCGGCCAAAAACCAGUCCAGCAGCGCCAGCCGUCGUUACGCCGCCAACGCUCGCCGCCAGCAGCAGCAGCAGAACAGCGCCAACGCCAUGAUGCAGCCGCCGCACGCCGGCCACGGCCAGCAGGACCCGCUGCCCUCCCACUGCGUCUCCCCCAUGGCCCAGGGGGGCGUGUCCAGCCAGUCUGUGCCUGACCCCCACCAGGGCCGCUCCAGCUCGUCCCAGAGCAGCCAGCAGAGCAUGAGGAGCUCGUCCUCCAACAAACACAUCCCCUCCUCCGGGGGCGCCGCCCCGUCCUCCUCCUACUCCCUGCUCCAGCCCCUGGUGCCUGAGGUAAAGGAGCUGAGCUCGGGAUACACUAGGCUGAGCGCCAACCCCAUGCCGAAGCACCAGGACACUUUCUCUCUGGCACCCCAGCGGCCCCUCACCACCAUCAACCCCAUCGGCCACUCCCUCCACCCCAACGGCGCCGCCACGCUCAAGCCUUCCCCGGUGCCGCGCUCCAUCCAGGCCAUGCCCUGGGAGCAGCGCUCCCUCUACAAUCAAUGAGACCACCUCCACCCCCCCCACCGGGAACCAGCUGUCCCCCCCUUCACGCCCUCCUCACCCACCCACCCCUUUCGGACCCAGCAUCAAGGAGGGAGGACUUUGGACGUCCCUCCACCACCUCGCCCCUCCUUUUGGAAAGUUGUGUUCGGGAUCCGGAGAGGGGGGGGGCGGGGGACCGUUGAGAACUAGUUGAGAUUGAAUAACUGAGUAGUUAGGUUAAAAAAAAAAGAUGAAAAAAAAAAUGUGUUGCCUUGACUCCUCAUGUAUGACCUAUGCCAUGUAUGAUAUAAGUUAAAAUGUCUGUCCCUCACUUAAGGAUUAACCCCCCUCUCUCCCACUAGUUGUGAAAAUAUCUAUCCUUCCCACGAUGAGUAGCCCCGCCCCCUCCACGAUGAGUAGCCCCGCCCCCCACGAUGAAUAGCCCCGCCCCUUCCCCGUGUUAACUGAAACGAGAGCGUGUUCCAAACCCUGAGCGAGGGCAUUCCAGGGCGCCAGGUAAACGCCGCCGUCCUCCCUCCAGUCACCCGUGUUGUUGUUUCUAAAACGUAAACCAACGUCCACGUGGAAUGAAGCUUCUAGAAGGAGGCGGGGGACGCGUGCCCCCCUCACCGGGCGCCGCCAUGACGGAGGUCUGCUUGUCUCCCAGCAGCCACGUGGACUCCUCAGUGUUCCCUGAACAGGACCUCAACGUCACCGGGGUGGGGGGGGGGGUCACCUUCUCUAACUCGACUGAACUCACUUAUUUUAUUUCUGUCUUCUAAACUAGCAUCUGACCGGUGGCUUGUUGUAAUUGUAGUUUUAACAAUCUGGGGGGGUGGAGGGAAAAGGGGGGGGUGUCUAGAAGACCUCAGUACGAGUCUCCUUCCCUGACUGUCCACAUGUUGUUCCUCUCACUCUAAAGCACUUUAAGACGAGUGCUGUAUAAUUAUUACUGUUACUGCCCCCCCCCCCCCCCCCCCAUAUGUAGAGCUGUGUCGGCUAUGAAGAUGUAACUUCUUUCAUCGACCCCCUCCACCUGUGACCCCGCUGACGUAGCAGCAGCCCUGGGUCAGGACUGCAUCUGGAAGCUACAGUGGCCAACAUGCAGUAUGUCUGCAGCCCCCGCCCCCCGGGUGGGGUUAGUUCACCCUCGGAGGAGCUUCAUCAGUUAAAACCAGAGUACAGACGGAAGUGUUUUAGUUUUUUGUAAAGUCCGUUUUGCCCUAACAGUUUUAACCUGGUUCACGUAGUUCUGUUACGCUUCUCUCUAACGUGUUCGUCCAUACGAUUCUACUGACAUUGUAUUUCUCUUUUUAAAGUUGUUUCUAUUUUUAUUCAUGACAUGUUUCCAUCGUUGCGUUCUCUCUCUCUCUCCUUCUCCUUGUAAAGUGUCUUUGAGUAUUUAGAAAGUGCUAUACAAAUAAAAUGUUUUAUUAUUAUCA